AUGACUACUGGAAUAGCUGAAUACCAGCUAUUGGAGAACGCGCUCAACAGCUCCAGUACCUUCACGGAAGUCAACAGCGCCAUUGUCGAUGACGUCGCGAUGAGGGCACCGCCGAAAUUUGAGGGCAGAUCGUUCUCGUUCCAGCACCCUCACUUUAUGCCCUCCUUUAUUCUGUACUCGGAAACUCCACCCCUACCUGGCUAUUGGUUCAGUCGGACGGACAUCCCCAAUUCAGCAACAUUCCAUCACCGUGCUCUACACGAAGAAGAGAGAUGUGCCGGUACAGCCUCUAAAAUGGAGGUGGAUGAAGAGAAGUCGCUUAUAUCUUCUGGCGAAUUAGCCAUUGGUGCUGUGAAUAGAGAGGCGUCGUUCAUCCCUUCGGAGGAGCCUGCGUCGUCAACUAACACAGAGCCACAUGUACAAGACGAGAAAGACAAAGCAACGUCAUUAAUUGUAUUCGACGUUAUUGAUACCUUCUCAUCCGGUCGGGUCUCGACUUGGUCUAGUUUACGCCGAGGGCUGUUUUCCCCCCCACACGAGUCGACUCGCGUGUUCUUUAGAAAAACUCAUAGGAGAAAAGGCGCAGGCCCUGAUCUACGGGGCAGUGCGCGUACGCCUGGAAAGGAGUUUGAUCAACCCUCAUCCGAGCCACGCACGCAGCAGGCUACAGUUUCCUUUGAUAGUACUUGUUCAUAUGAUGAAACACGUGGGCCUCAAGCCCAGAGUUCUACUCUCGAUUCUCCUACAGCCAGCAAUUCCGGUCAGCCUGCAAAUUUGCAAGGCCUCGUGAAAAUGGAAACUAGGCCAUUGAGGAGCGAUAGCGAUCUCAAUUCGAAGAACGCCGAGACAAACAAUGGUAAAGACGCACUCUCACCGGCAGGGAAUGCAUCCGACUGGGACGGCUUCAUCUUCCCUUCAAGGGGUGUUUUUCCGUCAUGGGAAGGACUCGGCGAGCUUCUUCAUCAAGUUGUUCCAACUGACCGCUCUUCUCAAGCUCAGCAUGAAGGUGCAUCUUACCUUUCUCGUUUGUCUUCUGCACGAUCUUCGAAGAAACCUUCAGGUAGCCAGCUUGGGGCCUGUGCACUGACGAAGUUUCCGUCCUGGCAUGGACUGGAUAACGGUGUUCAAGUCCUGAAGGAACUGGGCGACGGGCAUACUGCCAUGGGUUACAACUUCCUCUAUAGAGAUGAUGCGGAGGGUCAGUCCCCCCCUGCAGCUAUCUCACCAACCCCAACUAUUCCAGAUUGGAGAGGAUCCAUUCACUCUUCGCAUAAUUCUCUGAGUCAUGGCGAUUUCCCCGUACAUCAUGCUGAAGUUACAGGCGAGUUUCCUGGUCAAAUUGUAACUCCAACGUUGCAGCAGCCUGGUGUACAUCUCAUUGCGGAUGAAGACUGCUGUUGUCUCCGGGGACCCCAUGCCAUUGACUAUGAGGCCGAUAACAAUAGCAACGAUGCUGACGCGCCCAACGCGGUGCCAGUGCACACUCCAGUGCCGACGGAAUAUCAAGCUUCGCUUGCGGCAAUUAACAACGACACCCCGGACAAUUGCUUCCCGCAUCUCAGACAGCCUUCUAAACCAGCGCGUACAGCCCAAACACGACGAGCAAAGGACCGGCCACAGCCUCCGCCGCCUGCUCAACGGCUAAAAGCGGGCAAAGGUGCACUUGCUCGCCAUGGUGAAUACUGGUAUCCCGUGCGCUUAAUUCAGCCGGAGGGUUCCUCGACAGCUGGGAGAACUUGGAGGCUGGUUUGGUGGCGACACUGUGUGUUUGCACAGCCAUCACCGGAUCGCCAUAGAUAUGUUCCGGAGGCAGAGCUAGUGGAUGACCUGUGGGAUGACCGAGAAAGGCGGCGCAAGAUCAGGCUUGGAAAGUGGAGGCAUGCAUCACAGAUUCCUACAGAAGAAGACGUUCUUGCAGAGCCUGAUUCGUACCCAUUCACGGAGGAAAUUGACCGGAUAUUGACUCCGCACAUCCACGUUCUUUCUGCGCUUCUCAACAGUCCUGAAGAAGUUGAUUCCACUAGUGUCCCUGUGCUGCAGUACCUCCGUUCAGAUGCUGGCUCCGAUGGCGCAAAGAGCGUUCAAUCACCCGGCAACAAAUCUCUGGGCAAGCCGACUAAGACGUCGGAAGUGGACUCCAGAUUUCGACAGCAUCCCGCUGUGCGUUCUGGCAUGGUACCGCAUACGGGGGAUCUUGACAUCGUAGAACAAGCUCGAAUUAACAACUGGUUCUAUCUCAAGGUCCCUGGUGCCCGAAAACAGAAGCAUCUGUGGAUUGGUUUUUUCCCUCUUGCACAUGCAAUCACGCUGGUGAUAGCUUCCCGAAAGCGCGACCACUUCACCCAGGUUCCGGAAUUUCGCAGCAUUGGAUCUGCUGCUGAUCAGACUGCUUUCAUUCUGUCACAAGCAUGGGCAUACCAAGUAGCAAUGGCCCAUGGUCCACACGAAGCCAAAGAUGUUGAUCAAGAGGCACUGGAGCUUCUUGAAGGACGAAUGUUUGAGGUAUCACAAGCAGCAGGCAGAGCAGGAUACUACCAGUGGGGACUGGACGCAGGGCAUCAUCAAGAUGACUGGGAGCCGUACAAGGACUUGCGCUCUAUGUGGAACCAUUAUGACGCCGAGUUCAGUGAGUCGGAAUUGCAGACAGGCCCUGAAUACACUGCGUUCGAAGCCCCUCCACCUCCUGCGGAGGCGACGUCACUCAUUCCUGCUAAGCGGCGCCCGGUUCCUGUACCGGCGUACAGAGGGGCAAAGGCUGCGAAGAAGAGGAGAUAG